CUUACUUGCGGUGUGGUUAGUUUGAGAAGACGUUAAAUCAUUGGAGACUUCAGUUCACAUGAGUUCAUCGAACCGUUCUACAUGUAGCUGAUACACACGUGAGCUGUAGAGACUAAAAGUAAUAAGGACUUUGUUUAGACCGUGUAGUAAGGAUUGCAGAACAAGAACAAAGAUAAAGAUAAGACCCAAGUUUCAUUAGUCUAUAGACCGUCACCAUGGAGUCAAACGAUAGAGUCAACUUUCUCAAAGCUGGUCCAAUCAGUGACGAACAUGUGAACUUACACACUAACGGUCAUCAACAUGGGGACCACCACGAACACGGACACACCCAUGAGAUAAUGGAAAAUCCAGGAACGUUUACUAGUCGAGACCAACCUUUAUAUCGUACAGACUGGAAACAGAGAGCCUUUACAGUAGGAAUAGGUGGUCCGGUGGGGUCGGGAAAGACUGCCACGGUACUUGCCAUAUGUAAACAUCUCAGAGAUAAACAUAGUAUAUGUGUUGUUACUAAUGAUAUCUUCACAAGGGAGGACUGGGAAUUUUUAGUGAGAAAUAAAGCUUUACCCGAGGAAAGAAUGACAGCAGUAGAAACUGGUGGAUGUCCCCAUGCUGCCAUUAGAGAGGACUAUUCUUUAAAUAUGGCGGAAGUCCGAGAUCUCACCAGAAAGUUUGACCCGGAAGUAGUUAUAAUAGAAUCAGGGGGUGAUAAUCUGGCAGCGAAUUUUAGCCGAGAAUUAGCGGAUUAUAUUAUUUAUAUAAUCGAUGUAGCAGGAGGUGACAAGAUUCCUAGGAAAGGUGGACCAGGCAUUACACAGAGUGACUUGUUAGUGGUAAAUAAAACAGAUCUCGCAGAAGCCGUGGGAGCUGAUCUAAAAGUAAUGGAAAGGGAUGCAGCUAUGAUGAGACAAAGUGGUCCAACUUUAUUUACUCAGGCUAAAAACAUGGUUGGAAUUCCAGAGAUAUGCGACCUUAUAAUGACAUCAUAUAAACAGAGUGUCAAGAAAUCAGCUUAAAUAGUUGUACGAUGUUACUUUAUACAUGUAUGAACGAUGAAAUUGUUGAUGGGGAAAGUACAAAAGAGUGAAAUUGGAAAUGACAGAUAAAAUGAUAAUUGAUUGAAAGUCGAAUAGCCUUGACGCAAAACGGAAUUUAACAAAUGUAUUCAUGUUAACAGUGUGGAAUUUAUUUCGCAUAAAGCUAACACUUCUCUGUAAAAAGAUUAAGGAAAAUGUAUAGGACUAUACAAAGUGGUAUAUGACGUCUUCUUGGUCUAUAAGGGACAUUGAAUUGUCAUGUUAAUGUUUGUUUAUAGUACUAUUAUGUAGAUAUAAUUAAAUCUAUAUUCAAUGAAA